AUGGUCUCCAGCAGCUCACCAGGAAAUGGCAUCACUGGAGGGUAUUCGGGCGACAGCCUAAGCCUUGAGAUCAUCAUCGCGACACUCGCCGGAAUCACCUGGUACAACGCCAUCGAGCUCAUUGCCCUCGUAUUUGUCACAUUCAGUGACUAUAGGGGCUUGUACUUUUGGAGCUUACUUAUAUCAUCGUCCGUGGGGCUCAUUCCGUAUUCACUCGGAUUCCUGCUCAAGUUCUUUAACCUGACAUCUGCAACAUGGCUUUCGGUCACUUUCAUUACUAUUGGCUGGUAUUGCAUGGUCACUGGUCAAGCUGUCGUGCUGUACUCGAGGCUGCACCUCGUCCUCCCUAACCAGCGCAUCCUCCGUCGAGUGCUAGCUAUGAUCAUCAUCAAUGUCGUCAUCCUCCACGUCCCCACAACAGUCCUCACCUACGGCUCUAACCUGGCGGCUGGACGACGCGGCUACAUCAACGGAUAUAAUGUCAUGGAGAAGAUCCAGAUGACCGGCUUCUGCAUCCAGGAAUUCGUCCUCUCCGCCCUGUAUAUCUCAGAAACGAUUCGCAUGCUCCGUCUCGACCCAGACAGGGGGAAACGCAAGAUCAUGUAUCAGCUUGUCGCGAUCAACUUGAUCAUUAUCCUUAUGGACAUUGGCCUCCUCGUCGUCGAAUACAUGGACUACUACAUCAUGGAAACAAUGAUCAAGGGCGUCGUCUACAGCGUCAAGCUGAAGCUCGAGUUCGCGGUUCUCGGUAAACUCGUCUUCCUCGUCCGCAGCCAUAUAUGGAAACAAGAAUCUGUGACCGGUUCGCCCCCGGAGUUUCCAGAUUUUGUCGACGCCACACGGGUCACUUCAGAUCUUACGCACGCGACUCCGACUAACCGACAACGCUGUCACCCGUUCAUGGACGAGGUUGACGUCGACAUCGCCAUGUUCGAACACUCAAGCCUCACUCGCGAAUCAGGAACAGGCCACUCCGAUAUCUCGCACGCCCUCAGCGGCGAAACACAGACGAACAAUCCUCCAUGUUCCGAGCGAGACUUCACCGAAUCUUCUCAGCGCUUGCCGACUUCGUAUUUCAGAAGAUCGGCAAGUACAAGGUGA